UGGGCUGCAUUACAACGAUCUGAUCGCUGUCUGUUCUGCAAGCUGUUGGAUAUAUGACUAACAGAAUGAUAUCGGACGAUCAAAACAUAACGUUGCAUUUGUGAAGAUAUCAAAGCAUUCGAAUAAAAAAUAGUUUAGCGUCAACUAAUAGACGAAAGAGCGGUUAUGAUGUGUAACAGUCACGGUACCCAGCUAUACCUGGAGGUGCCGUCGUCAUGUCUGCCUAUCGUCUACUCGCCAGGAUACAACAUCACCUUCAUGGGCCUGGAGAAACUACACCCCUUUGACAGCGGCAAGUGGGGGAAAGUCAUCCACUUCCUAAAGGAGGAGAAGUUGAUCAGUGAUGGGAGCAUCGUUGAGGCACGGGAGGCUACAGAGGAAGACCUGCUGGUGGUUCACACAAAACGCUACCUCAACAGACUCAAGUGGUCCGUGGUUGUAGCGACCAUCACAGAGAUCCCUCCCCUCCUAUGCCUACCUAACUUCCUGGUUCAGAGACGGGUCCUGAGACCACUCAGAACGCAGACCGGAGGGACCAUCAUGGCAGGGAAACUGGCUGUAGACCGAGGCUGGGCCAUCAAUGUAGGUGGGGGCUUCCACCAUUGCUCCAGUGAUAAAGGAGGAGGAUUCUGUGCCUACGCCGACAUCACCUUAGCUAUCAAGUUUCUGUUUGAGAGGGUGGAGGGAAUCUCCAGAGCCACCAUCAUAGAUCUGGACGCACACCAGGUGAGUUGUCCUGAGAUGGUCACUGUAACUGUCUCAGCAUCCUAAAUAGCAUCCUGUUCACUGGGCCCACUCACCAGCAUCACUGUAACAGCAUCCCAAAUAGCAUCCUGUUCACUGGGCCCACUCACCAGCAUCACUGUAACUGUCUCAGCAUCCCAAAUAGCAUCCUGUUCACUGGGCCCACUCACCAGCAUCAC